CUUUCAACAGCUUUUCUUUUAUCCUUUUGUUGUACAAAAAUCAAUCAGGUACACUACUUGGAUCAUUUAUCCAGACUGCUUUACAUGCAUAAAUAGACUCAUUAUACAUAAAAGAAGUUUUUAUCCAACCCUUAUUUCAUGUAACACAAAAUCCAUAUAGAAGCGAACCCAAGUGAUUAUUUAAAUGCGUUCUAUCGUCAUAAACUCUAUAUUGGAUCACUCUGCGUACUCUUGGCGAAAAACAUGAAAGUUGGUUUUUAUAAGAGCAUACUUUUUUUCUUUUCAACGAAGGAUACACACAUACACAUGAACAUAAAUCUUCUCAGCAGAAAAAAAAAGUGUCACAGGACAUUUCUUGAACAAACUCACCUGUCUGCUUUAUUUUCUCUCUCUCUUUUUUUUUCCUUCAUCUUUACAAUGACAACUCAACAAGACCGUAUAGGCUACUUUUCAACCCUAUGCCAAGAACUUUAUAACCCAAAAACGCCUUCUGAACGAGACCAAGUUCAAAAGAUACUAGAAGCAAGUUUUCCGACUUUUUCUUCAGAAACAGUCAAUAAACUUGACUUGGAUAUACCUUCGUUUGGUAUCUCAACACCUACAGAUACAGCAAAUGCUUUACGUAUCAUGUUGGAAAAUUCACCUAAUCCUUAUGUUCAAACAUUUUCAUUGUCAAGACUAAAGCAGCUUGUCAUGGCCCAGUUUACUUUGUUUGAUAAAGACACGAAACUACAAUUGCGUACAUUUUUAUUGGAAUAUGCUUUUAUGCAUCCAGAUUUACAGCCAUUUGUUAUGUCUCAGUUGGCAAGUGUGUUUGCUUUAUUGACUCGAUUUGGAUGGCUUGAUCAUGAAGAAUAUCAACAUGUCUAUAAAGACAUGACACAAUUUCUUCAGGCUUCUGCUGAACAUCGUAUUGUGGGAUUGCAAAUGCUUGCUGUGAUUGUACAAGACAUGAACUCUGCUACUGUUCCUAAAUAUUCAGCCAAAUUCAGAAAAGCAGCUGCUGGUCUUCGAGAUACACAGUUGUUAAACAUAUUUGAAAAUGCAUUUCAAAUUUUGGAGGGUAUCUUGACACGAUCUAUUCCAUUUGAAUCUGAUCAAGAAAACAGAACAAAAGAUGCUACACUUGAUUUACUUUUAAAAUGCUUAUCUUUUGAUUUUGCUGGAACAAGUGCAGAUGAAGCAAGUGAUGACACAGGCAAUGUUCAGAUCCCUACUUCAUGGCGUACUAUUUAUCAGCGACAAGACUUUGUUCCUUCUUUCUUUACUGCUUACCACGAAUUCCCCUCUUCUUUAGCCAGUAAAGCCAUGGAAUGCCUUGUUCAAAUAGCAGCUGCACGUAAAGCACUGUUCAGCACAGAAGAAGAACGAUCUCAAUUUGUGACACGUAUCAUGCAGGGCAUUCGAGACAUCAUUUUAGCAUCUCAACAUUUAUCAGAUUCAGAUUGCUAUAAUGGGUUUUGUCGUUUAUUACAGAGGUUUAGAACAACAGCGCCAUUGAAUGAGAUAGCAGAAAAGCAAGACUAUAUGGCAUGGAUUGAAUUAGUGGCCGGAUUUACACAAAAGGCCUUUCAGUCCUCUACAGACGCUUGCUAUUAUCUCUUGAGUUUCUGGUCCCGUAUUGUUCAGAGCAUGACUUAUUACCAGAAACUGGAAGAUAUGAUUGUGCAGAAAUUACAGCAGAUCACUGUCGAGUUGACAAGGACAUUUAUUUCUGCUUAUCUUGAAUCUGUGCCCACCCGGAUGGAAGAACUACUCGAUGAUCCAUUGGAGAAUGAAGAUGUCUUGAUUGAAUCCUUGAGUAUGUUGGGUCAAAUGGCGCGCUGUCAAUAUGAAAAAUCGUGUGCUGUUCUCCUUGACUUGUUUGACCCCAUCAUGGCUCAUUAUGAAAUAUUCAUGAACCAAGCGAAUAUGGGUACCAUGAGCGGAGACAAAUUGAAGGAAGCCAUGGCUAUCUUUGAAGCUCAAUUUGCAUGGAUAGUGUAUGUCAUGGCUUGCUUUGUUGGCAAUCGACCUCCUUAUAUGAACAUAGAUGAACAUGAUCAAGCAGAUGGUGAAUUGACUACAAAAGUACUGUUGUUAAUGGAAAUCAAUCAAAGCUUGGUUCAAAGCAAUCCUUCGUUUUUGAGCUACAAGUUUGAUCUUGCCGUCAUCUAUUUCUUUUCUCAGUUCAGAAAGAGCUAUGUAGGCGAUACCAACAAAAAAGAAGUCUAUCAAAAACUCAAUCAAGUGUUUGGUAUUGAAGAAGAAAGCGAUAUGUUGAAUGCCAUGAUGCGUAAAAUUAUGACCAACCUUCAAGUAUGGGGUGAGAAUGCAUCUGUGAUUCAGAAAUCAUUGAUCUUGUUUGAUGAACUUGCCAGUGGCUAUAGUGCAGUCAAGAACUUGAGAAAGCUUGAAACAACAUCGCUUGUGAUGCAGAACCAUUUAUCCAAUGAAUUUGCCUUCUUUGAUCAUGACAAGCAUCGACAAAACCGUAUGCUUUAUUACCAGACCUUGUGCAAGAUUCUGUUUGCUGAAGACAGUUCUGAACAAGAGUUUUACGAAUUCAUCAAACCAUUUGAAGUUCGAUUAGAAGAUCUGUCCAUGUUGAAUACAAUGGAGGAGUAUCAACAACCUCAAGUUCAGGGUGCACUUCAGGCUAUCUUUAGAGACCUUCGUGGCUUUAUUGAGCCCAUUCAAAGCCGCAAAAACUAUAGCUUGUUCUUUCAUUGGUUUUAUCCUGACUAUAUGCCCGUCUUACUCAAAGGCGUUCAAGCAUUGUCGCCUGAUUCCUCGACCCAUGUGCUGCUUAAAUUCUUUGUUGAAUUUGUAACUAAUAAAAGUCAAAGAUUAAGCUUAGAUGUAUCAUCUGCGAAUGGCGUCCUGUUGUUUAGAGAUGUCAGUCAAAUCUUGUGCACAUUUGGACAACACAUCAUUACAAGACAAAUAGUAGAUGAAAGCAAGAAAUACCCAGUCAAAUACAAAGGUGUAGCUGCAUGUUUUCAAAUGUUGGCUAAAUGUCUUGGUGGUAAAUAUAUCAAUUUCGGUGUAUUCUGGCUCUAUCAAGAUAAAGCCAUUCAAGAAGCAUUUUCUAUCAUGUAUCAAAUGAUGCUCAAUAUACCUCUUGAGGAUAUGAUGAAUUUCCCCAAACUAAGCAAGGCUUUUUUCCUGAUGUUGGAUGAAUUCUCGGCAGAACAGAUGAUGAUGGAUCCAGACAUGCCACCUGAAGCAUUUCUCUAUAUCCUUGAAGCCUGUGAACAAGGUGUGGAAUCCACUGAUUCGUUUGUGCGUACCCAUGCAUGCUCUGUUAUCAACAAUAUCUGUACAUUUGCUAUCCAACAGAAUGAAAAAGCCGAAUUACGUCGCCAUACAGACGAAAAGAACAAGAAGAACAAGCCUAUUCAAGGCCUUUGGCUUCUUAACUAUUUCUCUCAGUUCCCUCAAGUACUGCCUCGAUUACUCAGCACAUUAUUUGGUAUGAUUUUAUUUGAUGACAAUAAUGAUCAAUGGCAGCUGUCAAGACCAUUAUAUACGCUUGUGUUACUUGAACGUGAUUUUGCCUCAAAAUACACAAACCAAGUGAUCCUUCAACAAUUACCGGAACGCCGAGAAUUUGUAACCAAAGUAAGUUUAGUUUUAUCGGAAAAUCUGUUUUUAGGCAUAUUUACAUUCAAUAUAUAUAGGCUUUAGGUCAUCUUAUGGAAGGAAGUGGUUGGACACUCAACACAAAAGACAGAGAACAAUUUUCUCAACAAAUAGCAAGCUUAAAAAGAAAAUUAAAUACAAAUCAUAUUGUACUUGUACCUUUAUAAACAAUAAACAAAUUCAAGAAGAUACAGGAAUACCUUUCUUUUCUUUAUACAUGACAUCUAAUCUGGGUCGUUUAUCUUC